AUGCAUCGUAACGUGUCGGUGACGACCCACCUGCUCCAUCCCGUGUCGCCGCCGCUCUGGUUUCGCGCCGUGUUCUACGCGGCGUUCGCAGCCUGGGUGGCACUGCAGGCGGCCACCGAGUACUUCACCAUCACGUCCCUCUACACCUACACGCACCUGCCGCUCUUCGAGUCCGAGAAGCAGGUCAACUCGGCCUUCCUCAACAUCGUCGCCGUCGGUCUGCUCACCGUGUUUGUAGUGCUGACGUUCAUUUACGGCGUGGUCGCCAAGAGCAAGCUGGCCGUGCUAGCCAGCGCCGCCUUCCUCGCCAGCCUCAUCAUCCUGAACGUGCUGGCCGUCGGCAUACUCAUGUCCAGCAAGUUCUCACUGAACACGGGACCGAGUAAGUUCGGCCAGCGGGUGCUCACCAUCUACCACCCGAACGUGUCGGCGGCGCACUGGUCCUCCGAGCUCGACCAGUGGGCGGCGGCGUACCCGGCGCGGCCCGAGCCGCCCCCGGCCGACCCGCAGGCCGGCCAGCAGCGGCUGCUGCACCUGCUCGACUACUUCCAGCAGCAGGGCGGCUGCUGCGGAGUGCUCUCGUACCGCGACUACGCGGCGCGCGGCGCCCUCCUGGCCACCUCGUGUCGCUGCCUGCCCUCCGGCCACGGCCGGCUGCGGCCACAGUGCACCGGCAGCGCGCACCUGCUGGCGGACGGCUCGCGCGCGCCGCUCUGGUCGCGGGGCUGCCAGCUCGUCACUGACGACUUUCUGCGCGACCUGUUCUACCUGCGCGACCUGCUCAUCUCGACAGUGGUGUUCCAGGUGCUCGUGCUGCUGCUCGGCAUCGUGCUCGGUCUGAACACACCCAUCAAGGCGGAGCUGGACGAUGCUGACCACGACUCGGACGGCUAGCGCGAGGACUCGGGUGACGUCACCAAACAUAUCGGUGACGUCACCAAACACUCCAGUGACGUCACCAAACACAUGGGUGAUGUCACCGCUGCCGGUCGCCGCCCGACGAGCGCCGGCGCCGGUACGGCAUCAGUGCCGGCGACCAGACGUGAUGACGUCACUCGUGUUGACGUCAUACGCAACGAACCGGAGCUAAAAGUGAAUGGUGCCGACGCCGGGACCUUUGAGGCCGCCAAGCAGACGCAGCGGCCGCUUCCGGAGGUGGCGGUCUCUGAGUAAUGAUUGCCAAACUGGCUGGAGUCUCAGGAAUAGACCAGCAGUGCCAACGGCCGUGGGAGAGCCACUGCUAAUGUGGGGACUAGCUUCCGACUCUGAAAUCCGCAGGCUUGGACCGUCGUAUGAAAAUAUGCCCGUUUGUGUAGUGAAUGCACCGGUCUCCUUGGCCAGCAAAGUGUUCGUACACCCUAGUCACUCUGCAGUAAAACUGUGUGCGAUGACUGGCGCACUUCCUCAGGUCAAUUAGUCAAGGCCUUUCUACAUUGAGGUUCUGCCCGGGAUUCUGCACUAUUCAAAACAGCAGCUCAGCCGUCUAUGGUUGGCGACGGGCGACAACCAAGCGGGACGGAGCAGCUCACCGUGGUCUCGACAGGACAGCACAGCACAGCAGCCGUGCGGGAAAAUGCGACAUCCCCAGACUGCCUGGUCGGGAACAGCCGGACAGGACAGGACAGGACAGGACAGGACAGGACAGGGCGCUGUCACCAACCAAUUGUGGACACUGGACAGCCCGAGCGCUGCCUUCACCCGCCCGGUGUAGGCGGUCGGGAGAAAUAAGGAACGCGUCACUGGACACGGGAUGGGAGGCACUAUGCUGUGUCUGCCACAUGCAGAGAAGUCGUCGCUUGGACAGAAUUUCGAUACGUGAUUGUCAGUCGGGCUUCAAGUAUGAGGUACUGUCAGGCUGUUGUAAUGUUACGUAGAAGCCCUAGAUAUACCGCCGGGGCUGCUCUUGGGCCUGGAGGUUAUGGGCGUGUUUUUAUUCACGGUUAAAUAUACCUGUGAUAUUGUUGUAGGAUGGGUGAGCGGGGCGAGGACAUGGUGUUAGGAAUAAUGUUGAGCAUCGGCGGUCGAUGUAAAUGUGUCAUGAAUAGCUAGAUUUCCCACCGACAAUUUACGCGUAAGCUGCGGCUAUCCCAAAUUAACACCAACCAACUGAUUAAACUAUUUGUUAAGGUACCCAGACGGCACACUCAACAGCCAUUAAAAGAGCAACCAUUGGCUCACGGACUCACAACAGUAAACUGUGCUACUCCUUGUCGGGAAAACGUGCGGCGCAGAUAAAAGCAAGUCAGAGUGCAGGCUAGGCAUUUGUUACGAUCACAUCCAUCCAUUGAAUAUGACACCACUGAUCACAGAUUAUGAUAGUCUUAUAAGCUUCUACGUAGGACAAGUGGUUAAAAACGGACCCUUGGAGCUUCGUUUCGGC